AUGAUCCGUUCCGACAGGGUUUUCCGGCUCUGCAACGCAAAAGGGUGGUCGGUGAAAACGAUUCGCGGGUCCCAUCACAUGUUGCACCGAGAAGGACAUGGCCGGAUUCCAGUGCCCGUGCACGAUCAUAAAGUACGAAUUGAUGUUUUGCGGCAUGUGCUGCAAAGUAUAGAGCAUGCGGAAGAAGGGGUGGAAGUGGUGACGCGGUAUCAACAAGACGGACAAACUGAUGCGCGACACCCAGACGAGCCGCUGCAGGAUGGGCGGAUGGCCACGAGGAGUCGGCGAGAGCGAACGGGAAAACUGGAUACAUCUUCACACAUCGCAGCCGUCGCUCCUCAGCCGUGGAUUGACCGCUCCGUCACUGCAUUGACUUACUCCGAACGAGCUGAGGACGUUGAAGCCUUCUACGUCGCCGCAGCUGCCAGGCGAGAGACAGCUUUGACAGCGGAGCAAAAAACUUUUUCUGACCUGGAAGAGAAAGUUUUGGUCUUCUUCGGUAAAGGUGAGUACGCCAGUGCAGUUUCGCUUCUGGAGUCCACGAUACUCAAGAGCUACAGAAAGCAACGCCCGCGAUUUGACGAAGCGCUGCCGUGUCUGCAGGACCUCGAGUUUUAUUAUGUCAAUGCGCUACAGGAGCUUGCGCUGACGCACUACGAGUUUGGAGCAAAUGACCAAGAGCAGUGCAUUAAAAAAGUGUUCGCGUACCUCGAUAAGAUGAGGAGCGUUUGGUGGCGCGAGCGCGACUCUUGCAGGAUCGGCAGCACGUGCAAGGACUUCGUGGCCGCGUUGGUGAGGGAUCACAAGAAGCAGAUUGAGACGGCGGGGAGACUUCGAGUCAGACACGUCAACGCAGCAGCCCAGGGUCAGCAACUGGAUAACAUCACCUUGGAGGAACUAGAACGGCGUGUUGUGCUGCAAGUGGCUUUCCUUUUUGAAGAACUUGUUACCGUGUGGCGGUUAAUUUCCGUAUCCGACUUUGUGGAAAUGUUGCAGCCGCACUUUGUGUUGAGUCUUAGUUCCAUGCGAUGGCCUCCCAGUGAAGCGCUCGCGUAUCAUGUUUACGAAGCAUUCGGCUCCGAAAUCGCUUCCAAGGAGCGAAAAACGACGCGCAAGCGUGCCACAGCUGGUGUGGGCAAAUUACCAGAAAUGACGGCAGCGACAACUUCGACUUACGUGGACAACAUUAUCAAAAUUUUCGAAGACGCCUCUGUUUACGCAGCGGCAUUCGACACAGCGGAGGACACGAUGACGCAAGUUCGCCAACUGAACGACUGUCAGUGUCCAGAUUGUUACGAUGUGGAGAAGAUGCAGAGAAAAUAUCUCGCCCAACGUGAGUCGCUUAGCUUUUUACGCAGUGUUUUGGUUUUCAUGUCGCAGAUCCAGAGCAAAUGCAAGGCGGUCUUGGGCACCUCUGCAAUGGUCGAAUAUCUUUGGAACCACCAACGCAGCACAAUCAUUGAGCGGUCUUCUUUUGCGAGGCAAGCUCUGACGCAGGACAAACAGAAUGCUAACGCGGGUUUUCUCGUGGCGACAUUGGCGGACCCAUUCUUCCAGAUCGCGGACGUUGGAGCGAAAAACCUUAAAAACUUUUUUCCCGGCUAUGGCAACUCCAUGCCUCAACAGCCGUUAAAGAAUUUGUGGAACGAACAGCUCUUGAUCACAAACACUGGAUGGGAAUCUGUGAUUCUCUCUCUGUACGAUGCCUUCCGUGUAUCCGGCCACGCAGGGGGCACGCGCUUGUGCAGCUGUAUGGACCGAUACAACCUAGUCGACUCCGCGAUAGAUACAGCGGUCCUUACAAGCGAAUCAUCAUUCCUGCUGCUCCGUGCCUUACAUUACGCAACCAGAAUCAACCAACCAUUCAGAACCGGGAAAUGGAAUGUCAAGAGAACCCCCAGCACAGACUGCGAGUCGAAGCAAUACUACCACGAAGCCACGCAUCUCGCCUUCAUGUUUUUCGCCCCCGUGAUUUUGUUUUACCGCAUGUGCCAGACGCAUAAGGACGCGGACAUUGUGCCAGAAAAAUGCAACAUGACGGGCCGAGCAACAAUGUGCCUUGGGUGUUUCGCAGUCACUUCGGUUUGUCGCGAAGUACUGCGGUUGUGGUGCCAUGAGCUUCUCGUGGCGAUUCAAACGAUUCGAAUCAAUGGGGUUUGUAUGGAGGACUGGUUGGAAAGCAAUUUUGUCGACGACGCUUCCUCGGAGCCGUACUGCACCACCGUUGAUAUGGGGGACGGGAAACCGGAGCGUGAGGUGUGCAACCCGAACCGCAGGGAUUUGACUCCUUCGGCGAUAUUCGCAGAUUGGAAAAAGAUGCGAAACCAAAUCACCACUUGGUUCGAGAAAUUCGACUUCCACGGCUUCGACGAGGGGGCAACCUUGCCACACCAAGUGCGUGAAGUCCACGCGUACCGCAAAGGUCUGUUCUCCGGAGACCUGGACGAGUUCUUCCCGAAGUAUGAGGUCCGCAUUUUCGCCCUGCUCCGUGAGUUCGAUAGCUUGACGGACGAGGAGUCCGCAAAGUUCCAAGCUCUUGCGGAUGAAAAGACGAAGUCGAAAAACAAGGUCAAAAAAAAGGAGCGGAAGAAGCUGCAAACCUUCCUGGAGCUCGCGAAGUCACAAGAACGACAGGAGGUCUGGGGCAAGCAUUUAGAAUCACAAGGCAAACGCAAAUCCUCCGCGAUCUUGUGGAAAUGGACUCAUCGUUUUGCAGAUGCGGAGACCUCUUCCUACUUCGCGGCACAAGCGAGCGAGUUGCUUGCUUCAGAAGUCGUACUUGGUGCUCAAGGUGAGGACGAGUGCGACGUGGAACACGAGCAGUCCGACGACUCGUCUAGCGUCUCGAGUGGAGGAGUAGAGAGCGACGAUGACAAUUCCGACUGCACGAGCGAUUCUGAUUACAGCACGGAGUCGACCACGGCGACUUCUUCUACUCGGAGUUCACCUUCAGCAUCAGCACUCGUUUUUCCAUUACCCUUACGAAGGGACCGGGCUUGUCUCGAGUCGCUGGGCGACACUCUCGAGCUCGUGCAGGAGUUCCGCUCGCACCAUAAGAAAGGCAAACCCUCCGACCUUGAUUGGCUGUGGGAACUGUGGAUCAAAAGGUACAAGCUUUCAGAAGAAGACAUCGAUCUCGUAGAAGCCACCCUGGAAGGAGUGCGCGCUCAUUCGUAA